AUGAAUCUAUGUCAGGCUGUUCAAAAUUCUAUAGAUUUGACCCUUGCAAAUGAUCAUACAUCCAUUGCGUUUGGAGAAGACGUUGCAUUUGGUGGAGUAUUUCGUUGUACAGUAGAUUUAAGACAAAAAUAUGGGGCCGAUCGUGUAUUUAACACUCCAUUAUCAGAGCAAGGAAUAGUUGGCUUCGGAAUCGGAUGUGCUGUCGCUGGUGCAACAGCAAUCGCUGAAAUUCAAUUUGCAGAUUACAUAUUUCCGGCCUACGAUCAAAUUGUGAAUGAAGCAUCAAAAUAUCGAUAUCGUUCCGGAAAUUUAUUUGACUGUGGUCGGUUAACGAUUCGUGCACCUUGGGGAGCAGUUGGCCAUGGUGGUCUCUACCAUUCACAAUCACCCGAAGCACAAUUUCUUCAUACACCGGGCAUUAAAGUUGUUAUUCCUCGUGGUGCAAUUCAAGCAAAAGGAUUACUACUAUCAUGUAUUAAAGAUGAUAAUCCAUGUAUAUUUUUUGAGCCAAAGAUUUUAUAUCGAUCAGCAAAAGAAAAUGUACCAAUCAAAGAUUAUACAAUUCCAUUAUCGAAAGCAGAAGUAUUGACAGAAGGCACUGAUAUAACAAUGGUGACGUGGGGCACUCAAGUGCACGUGUUGCAUGAAGUUGUACAAAUGGCUGCUAAAGAAAAUAUAUCGUGCGAACUUAUUGAUUUGCGAACAAUCGUACCCUGGGAUGUAGAUACAGUGUGUAAAUCAGUAGUGAAAACUGGAAAAUUAUUAAUUAGUCAUGAAGCCCCAAUAACAGGUGGAGUGGGUGCAGAGAUAGCAGCGACUGUUAUGAAAGAAUGUUUUCUUAACUUGGAAGCACCCAUCGAACGUAUAUGCGGCUAUGAUGUUCAUCCAAUACCUCACACAUAUGAGACAUUUUAUAUUCCAAGUAAAUGGAAAUGUUUUGAUGGUGUUAAACGUUUAAUGGCAUACUAA